UUGAGUGAUACAGAUGACCAGACAUUAGAAAUUAAGCAGGAGUCUCGGCCCAGAAGUGAUGGUGACGAUUCAGACAGUUACUUCAUGAGUGAUACAGCCAAAGAAACCAGUAAAGAAUUGGAAUCAAAGGAGCUUCCGAAACGGAAAAUACAAUUAGAAAGCAAGAAACAGUCGAAAGAUACAGACUGGCAUGAGCAGAAGUUUAAAACUCUAGAUACUACAUUGAAAACAAUAAAAGAAAAAUCACUGGAGAUGAAACUGGAGCUCCAACCUGAGACAGAUGAUGACGAAUCGGAUAAUUAUUUUCUAUGUGAUAUAGAAUCAUCACAGGAUAUUGAAACCGUAGUUGAAGAACCUCUUAACAAAAGAGCGAGAACAACUGUUAAGAACACGAAAGAAGAUGGUAAAUGGCGGGCUCAGAAGAUAAAGACUUUUGUCAACAGGCUCGCAAACUCUAUAAAUUCCUGCGAAAAAUCAGACGUAACAAACAAGAAGGAAAUUAACUUAGUAAAAUCUGGCAAAACCAAAAUCACUAUCUCUAAAGACUCCAAAGUCAAACUCACGUGGAAUACCAAAGCCACUAUUAAAAGUAAACAUAGGGAGAAUCUAAAGACCAUACUUCAAUACUCUAACGCGACGCCGUUUAAAAAUAAAUCACUGCUGGGCUUCAUUUGUGGGUACUGUGAUGCUACGUUCCCAGACCCUUUAGACCUUCGGACUCACACAGAAACUGAGCACAAAAAAGAGCGAUUGGAGUUUAAAACUAACUUCGACAUGACAGAGUACAGCGUCAAACUUGACGUGACUGACUUGUCCUGCACUCUGUGCAACGCAAAUAUGGCAAAUUUGAACUCCCUUAAGGAUCACUUGGUGAGAUCCCACAGUAAAACCAUAUACAGCGAUAUAAAGGAUCACAUACUACAGUUUAAGUUGAAGAAAGGGGAUGUUUACGAUUGUGCACUGUGUACAGCCACCUAUGAGACUUUCAAAAUGUUAAAACAGCAUAUGAAUAAACAUUACUGUAAUUAUACAUGCAAUAAAUGCCAUACGGCGUUCGCAACGAAGCGGUCUCUCAACUCCCACCGCACUACUCAUAAGGAGGGUAGUUUCAAAUGUGACCAUUGCGAAAAAAUCUUCUCCAGUCGACCAAAGAAACAGUAUCACGAGAAGACGAAACAUUUAGGCACUAGAAACAUCGGCAAUUGUCCGUAUUGCAACGAAUCUUUCCGCAGCUACUACCAGCGCAACCAGCACUUGGUAAAAGUGCAUAACUCCGAAGCCCAGUACAAAUGCAACGUUUGCAACAAAGCAUACGUUUUGAAGACUUUACUCAUGUGUCAUAUUAAGAAGAAUCACUUAAUGGAACGCAACUGUCAGUGUACGGAAUGCGGUUACCGGUUUUUCAGCAAGAAAGCGCUUAAAGCCCAUAUGGUUAAACAUACGGGCAAAAAGAUAUACGCGUGUGAGGUGUGCCAUAAAUCCUACGCCAGAAAGUAUACCUUGAGGGAACAUAUGCGGAUACAUAAUAAUGAUAGGCGGUUCAAAUGCGACGUGUGCGGUGUUUCGUUCGUGCAAAAGUGCAGUUUGAAGAGUCACUUGUUGUCUAAUCAUGGUAUAAGCAUGGCUGCCAGUGACAUUACUUCGUCAUAG